ACAGGAAAUUUAAACUAUAGUAUAGGUUAGUGUGGAAGACAAACGUUGACUGAAGUGAUCAGAUAAUUACUUUCCAUAUUUUUUGGGGGUUAAGUUAUGGAAGGUAAAGAAAAUCAAAAUGGAAGAAAGCAGCUUAUGAUAAAGCACAAUGCAGAAAGUAUGAAGCAGAAAGAUGUUUUGAGACAAGAGUCCCAGGAACCUCUCUCAAAAAUAGACAAAGAUCUGACAUCCAACAGUAGAGAUAACUCUGACAAGGGAAAGGGAAAAGGAAUAAAGAAGUGGAAACUGGAAGAUUUUGACAUUGGAAGACCUCUUGGUCGAGGGAAAUUUGGCAAUGUUUACCUAGCAAGAGAGAAAUCUAGUAAAUUUAUUGUAGCUUUAAAGGUUUUGUUUAAAUCUCAGCUGGAAAAUUAUGGUGUUGAACAUCAAUUACGGAGGGAAGUUGAAAUUCAAGCACACUUAAGGCACCCCAACAUCCUCAGGCUUUAUGGUUAUUUCUAUGAUGACACUAGGGUCUAUCUUAUCCUAGAGUUUGCUCCAAGAGGAGAAUUAUACAAGGAGUUAAAGAAGGAGGGAAAGUUUGAUGAAAGGCGAGCCGCAGUAUACAUUUCUCAGCUAAGCAAUGCACUGAAGUACUGCCAUUCAGUAAAGGUGAUUCACCGAGACAUUAAGCCAGAGAACUUGCUUCUAGCAGCUAAUGGGGAUCUUAAGAUUGCUGACUUUGGUUGGUCAGUUCAUGCUCCUUCAUCAAGACGUGCUACGCUGUGUGGAACUUUGGACUAUCUACCUCCUGAGAUGAUUGAAAAUAAAACUUAUGAUGAAAAAGUUGACCUAUGGAGUUUGGGAGUACUGUGUUAUGAAUUCCUAGUUGGGAAACCUCCUUUUGAAUCAGAUAAAGUACAGGACACCUAUAGGCGAAUUGCAAGAGUGGAUUACACCUUCCCAUUGCACGUUUCAGAGGGAGCUAGAGAUUUGAUUACUAGGCUAUUAAAGUACAACCCAGCUGACAGACUUCCAAUAGAUGGCAUUCUUCAGCAUCCCUGGAUCACAAGCAAUACUGUAAAAAAGCCAAUUCAAAAACAGUCUUAGUGAAAUUUAGAAGUUUUGGUUAUAAACAGGUCUGCAAGUGAUUUUAUAUGUCUAGAUAUGUUAAUGAGAUUGUUAGUAAAGAUUGAUAGAUAUAUAUAUAUAUUGAUUCCUUAUCUUUAUGAGAACCAAUGGGCCAACAAACUGUAAAUAAAUGAAAGAACUGUCUUUAUGGUGGAAAGAAUCAAUGGACUUACACAUGUAAAAAUGAAAUGCCAUAAGUGUAGGGAUUUCAAUUUUAGUGAAUAAAGAUUUUUUCAUUAAUAACUUGAUAUACCAAUGUUGUAACAAUACAUUGCUUGGAAAUAUUACUUGUUUGGACUUCAAAACUAAUUUUUGCAUCAUGUCAUCACUGAAUAGAGGUAAUGAUGAAACUAAGAAAAAACCUAUGAUUGUUUAUUGGCAACACUUGGAAGAAAGACUGCAUCAAAAUAUUUGUACAUAGGGUGCUGAAAGUUAGAUUUGUCUGUAAUUCCUUUUAUAUUGUGACUUUUUUUAAAGAUGUAAGUGAAACCAUGUUACCUCUGCCAUCAAAGGGGAUGGAGGUUAUGUUUUUACCCCUGUAUAUUUUUCAGCCAGUUUUCUUGAAAAUGGCUGAUUAUCUUUGGACAAAAGUUGGUAUACAUUUCAACUAUAACCCAACUUAGAAACCCCUAUCUGAUUUUUCACAUUGUUUUUGCUUUAUAACUCAGUCAAAAAUGAUAGGAUUUCAAUGAAACUUGGUGGAUAUGUGUAAAAUAUUAUUCUUCAUUGUCCUACCAAAAGUUUUCUGUGUGGCAGAAGUAUGUGCUAUACUGUGCUAGUUAAAGAAGUAAUCCUUCCAAGUUGUAAUAUUAGUCUUUGAAUACAAUGAACACUAAUAUAGUAUGAUACUCAUUGCAUCAUAGGUUUACAAGUUGCAUGCUACCAUUUAUAUUUAUAAACAAAUAGCUAAUGUCUGUGUAGUCUUAUCAAUAUUAUUUGUUGUCACUAAUUAUUCAAAGUAGCGUGUUAUGUCAUUUUUUUCAAAUGCUAUCAAGACCAUUUGUAUUUUCUUUCUUGUAUAAACAAACCUCACAUUUUAA